AUGGCCAGUCCAGCGAAGAAGCGUAAAAGGGAUGACCUCGAAUCCUCCGCUCAGCGCAACCGGAGCAUAGCCUCAUUCUUUCAAGGUCAAGCCAGCAAGCAGGCGGAGAAGACCCAGCAAGCAUUGCAGACUCCAGCUGAAACUGAAACCCCAGAUGAACAGACUCUAUCUGACGAGGCUCUUGCUCGCAAGCUUCAGGCUGAGUGGGACCAAGAGAUUGCCGCUCCAACAUCGCAGGUCGAUACUCCCACUAGCGAGCCUACGCCGGCGCCUCUAGACUCGGAGGUUACCGACCUGAAACCAAUCACUGGACAAAGUAAAGGCAUACUAUCUCUUCAGUCAUCGACGGGAACAGAAGAUACAGUUUCUCUGGCUGUACCAUUCGACCAGAGCCCCAUCACAUUUGACGCGGCCAAAUAUGCGCAGGAGCUGAAGGGGCACUGGGCCGCGCAGGGAGGCGACGCUACAUACGCGCUUCUUACCAGAGCUUUCGUUCUUGCGAACGCAACAACCAGCCGUAUCAAGAUCGUGGAUACUCUAGUCAACUUCCUUCGGGCCUUAAUCGAGGGCGACCCUUCGAGCGUUCUUGCCGCAGUCUGGCUUGCGACGAAUUCAAUCUCACCACCGUACGAUGAGAUAGAGCUAGGCCUAGGCGGGUCCUCGAUCUCUAAGGCUUUGAAGAAGGUUUAUGGUCUUAACAGCCAGGGUCUCAAGUCGCUUUACGACAAGCACGGCGACGCAGGCGACGUGGCCUUCGAGGCCAAGAAGAGGCAGAGCUUCACCUUGAUGAAGCCCAAGCCACUGAGGAUCAAGGGCGUGUACCAAGCUCUUAAGAAGAUUGCCCUGAGUAAAGGAAGUGGAAGCCAGGAGGCCAAGCAGAGGAUAGUCGAAAAGCUACUGCAGGACGCUCGUGGUGCAGAAGAGAGUCGAUACAUUGUCAGGACACUCGUCCAGAAUCUGCGCAUCGGGGCUGUCAAGACGACAAUGCUUAUUGCGCUGGCCCGAGCCUUUCUAUACUCCAAACCAGAGGGUGCUGAGUUUGCUGUCCAACCUCAACAAGAUAUGGCGCGUUUGAAGAAAGAAGAACUCGCCGAGGUCUACAGCAAUGCAGAGGAAAUUGUCAAGGCAUCCUAUGCUAGACAUCCGAACUAUGACGAUCUUGUACCAUGCCUCCUCGAAAGCGGCGUGACAGAGGAACUCCUUGUGCGCUGCGGACUACAACUACACAUUCCCCUCAGGCCGAUGCUAGGCAGCAUCACGCGCGAUCUAUCAGACAUGUUAACCAAGCUACAAGGGCGAGACUUUGCCUGCGAGUACAAAUACGACGGACAACGCGCCCAGGUUCAUUGCGACGAGGCGGGUAAGGUGUCCGUCUUCUCUCGCCAUCUGGAGAAUAUGACCGAGAAGUACCCGGAUCUCGUGUCUCUCGUGCCCCAGAUCCGGGGCGAAGGAGUGUCCAGCUUCAUCUUGGAGGGCGAGGUGGUUGCAGUCGAUCAGGACACGGGGGAUCUGCAAGCCUUCCAGAUCCUCACCAACCGCGCGAAAAAGAACGUCGACAUAGGAUCUAUCAAAGUGAAUGUGUGCUUGUUCGCUUUCGACUUGAUGUACCUGAACGGACAACCACUGCUGGAUCGCUCAUUCCGCGAGCGUAGAGAGCUCCUACGGAGUCUAUUUGUUGAAGUGCCCAAACGGUUCACCUGGGUCAAGAGUCUCGACGCCACAUCCGCCGAUUCCGAGGCCGUCCUCGACUUCUUCAAAAGCGCCACCGACAUCAAAUGCGAAGGCAUCAUGGUGAAGGUGCUCGACAACGUCCUCAAAUCGGACCUUGAGCCGAACGGUACCACCGCGCCGCCCAUUGACCCCGCCCCUGGCGAGAAACCCGACCCCAAAUCCUCUUCGACAUCCAAAGCGGGCGGAGGACGACGCAAAGCCCUGCUGUCGACCUACGAGCCCGACAAGCGCCUGGAAUCCUGGCUCAAGGUCAAGAAGGACUACAGCACCUCCUCGGAGACGCUGGACCUGAUCCCCGUCGCCGGCUGGCACGGCAACGGCCGCAAGGCGAAGUGGUGGUCGCCGAUCCUCCUCGCGGUCCGCAACCCGGAGACAGGCGGCCUCGAGGCCGUCACCAAGUGCAUGUCCGGCUUCACCGACAAGUUCUACCAGGCGAACAAGGACAGGUACGCCGAGGGGUCGCCGAACGUGAUCUCGCGGCCCAGCUACGUCGAGUACUACGGCGCGCCGGACGUCUGGUUCGAGCCGCAGGAAGUCUGGGAGAUGGCCUUCGCGGACAUCACCCUCAGCCCGACGUACCCGGCCGCCAUCGGCCUGGUGAGCGAGGAACGCGGCCUCAGUCUGCGGUUCCCGCGCUUCCUCAAGGUCCGCGAGGACAAGUCCAUCGACGAGGCGACCACCUCGGACUACUUGGCGUAUCUGUGGCGGAAGCAGUCUGAGAAGAGUAGGUUGGAGGGGGAGCCGCCCGCACCAGCGGACGAUGCUGAUGAGUAG